CCGGCGGGUAGCGGUGCGGGGGUUAGCGGGGCGACCCCGCAGCAUCCCACGGGCUGGGCCCUCGCUGCACCGUUGAGCCUGCCGGUAAGAAGGGAAAGCCCACCAUCUACCACCUGCAGCCAUGGAAGGGGGUGUGCAGCUCCUCAACCGCGACGGCCACAGCAUCUCCCACAACUCGAAGCGGCACUAUCAUGACGCCUUCGUGUGCAUGAACCGCAUGCGGCAGCGAGGGCUGCUCUGCGACAUUGUGCUCCAUGUGGGCACCAAGGAGAUCAAGGCCCACAAGGUGGUGCUGGCGUCGUGCAGCCCGUACUUCCACGCCAUGUUCACAAAUGAGAUGAGCGAGAGCCGCCAGACGCACGUGACGCUGCACGACAUUGACCCACAGGCCCUGGAGCAGCUGGUGCAAUACGCUUACACGGCUGAGAUUGUGGUGGGCGAGGGGAACGUGCAGACACUUCUUCCUGCUGCCAGCCUGCUUCAGCUCAAUGGUGUGCGGGACGCUUGCUGCAAGUUCCUGCUCAGCCAGCUUGACCCAUCCAACUGCCUGGGGAUCCGGGGUUUUGCUGACACGCACUCCUGCAGCGACCUCCUCAAGUCUGCGCACAAGUAUGUCCUCCAACACUUCGUGGAGGUGUCCAAGACAGAGGAGUUCAUGUUGCUGCCUCUUAAACAGGUGCUGGACCUCAUUUCUAGUGACAGCCUCAAUGUACCAUCAGAGGAGGAGGUGUACCGGGCUGUGCUCAGCUGGGUCAAACAUGACGUGGACAGCAGAAGACAGCAUGUUCCCAGGCUUAUGAAGUGCGUGCGGCUGCCCUUGCUGAGCCGGGACUUCCUCAUGAGCAACGUGGACACGGAGCUGCUGGUGCGGCAUCAUUCGGAGUGCAAGGACCUGCUGAUCGAAGCCCUCAAGUACCACCUCAUGCCGGAGCAGAGAGGGGUCCUCAGCAACAGCAGGACGAGGCCGCGGCGCUGCGAGGGGGCCAGCACCGUGCUCUUUGCUGUGGGUGGGGGGAGCCUGUUCGCCAUCCACGGGGACUGCGAGGCCUACGACACGCGGACGGACCGGUGGCACAUGGUGGCCUCCAUGUCGACUCGCAGGGCCAGAGUGGGAGUCGCUGCCAUUGGGAACAAGCUGUACGCCGUGGGCGGCUAUGAUGGGACCUCUGAUUUGGCCACAGUGGAGUCCUACGACCCUGUCACCAAUUCCUGGCAACCUGAGGUGUCCAUGGGCACCAGGAGGAGCUGCCUGGGUGUAGCAGCACUUCAUGGGCUUCUCUAUGCUGCUGGGGGGUACGAUGGGGCCUCGUGCCUGAACAGCGCAGAGCGGUACGACCCUCUGACAGGCACCUGGACAUCCAUCGCUGCCAUGAGCACCAGGAGACGCUACGUCCGGGUGGCAACGCUAGAAGGCAACCUCUAUGCCGUUGGGGGAUAUGACAGCUCAUCCCACUUAGCCACAGUAGAAAAGUAUGAGCCCCAGAUCAACACCUGGACGCCCAUUGCCAAUAUGCUAAGCCGUCGGAGCAGCGCAGGAGUGGCCGUGCUGGAGGGGAUGCUCUAUGUGGCUGGCGGCAACGAUGGGACCAGCUGCCUUAACUCUGUCGAGCGCUACAACCCCAAAACCAACACCUGGGAGAGCGUGGCACCCAUGAACAUCCGCAGGAGCACCCACGACCUGGUAGCCAUGGAUGGGUGGCUGUACGCAGUGGGUGGCAACGACGGGAGCUCCAGCCUCAACUCCAUCGAGAAGUACAACCCCCGUACCAACAAGUGGGUUGCGGCCUCGUGCAUGUUCACGCGCCGGAGCAGCGUGGGGGUGGCCGUGCUGGAACUCCUCAACUUCCCACCCCCCUCCUCGCCCACGCUGUCGGUGUCUUCGACGAGCCUUUGACAAAGAAUCAGGACCUACCUUACCUCAAGGGGACAGGGGUGCCUGGCGGAGCGCUAG